CCGGGCCGCGGUUCCCGAGGCGGGACGGGGCGUCGCGGGGACGCCGACGACCGCGGGGGAGCUUGGCGGAGCCCGGAGGCCGCCGUCUCGCCUGGAGCCGAGGCAGCGCCAGGCCCGGCCCUUCGCCCCGUGCGCAGCCCCUUUCCCGGCCCGGCCUGUCCAGCGGACGCCCGGGGGAACCUCGGCAGCCCGGUGGCCCCCGACUCUGCGCGGCCGCGGCGGCCUCCAGCCCGCGUGUUAACCCCUGAGCGCCGCGAUGGAGCGUCUCCGGGUCAAACUCGCCAGAAGAGACUGCGCUGCGGACAGCGGGAUGCGGCCUCGGGAGCUGAGCCUCCCGCCUCUCUGUUGUCCCCGCUGCCCGGGGAGCCCCGGAGCCCUCGGGGUCGAGGCCGGCGGUGCUGGGCCCCCCCUGCCUCCCGGGCGGUCGUCGAAGUGCAGGCCGUGUGACCUGCCCCUGGCCGCGCUAAAUGGCAGCAUCGGAGCAGAGCGCGGGUCGGGGAGCACGUGCCCAGGUCUGCGGGGCCCGUGUGGAGGAACCACCUUCCCCAGCUGCAGCCUGGACCCUCAGCAGAGCCACCAUUGUGGGCUGAAUCAGAACCAGCCCUUCGGGGGUCCUUUCCGGAAGGUUCCGCAGGUGCAGGGCGGGGGCCGAAGGUGGAUCAAGAACCGUCUGUCCCUCAGAGGCUCUUGGCUGCUGCGGUCAUCGCACAAGCCCAAGCUUCCAACGCUCUUUCCUGCUGACCCCAAAGGGAACCCCCAGGAGGAGACUGGGGUCCAGAGCAGGGACCCUGAGGAGACUGCGGAGCCCAAAUUCAAGAUCAGACACCUGGAGGCUGAGGGUGACAGCCCCGUCGUCCCCGCUCCGUGUCCCCUGGACAACGCCCCGCUGGGCCCGGGGCCGCACGGUCUCCCGGGGGCCGUCACCUUCCUCUGGCCCCUGGGCCUGGUCCUGGCUCAGCCCCCGCCGAGCCCCAGGCGCUUUCAGAGGCUUCUCCUCCUCCGGGCCUGCCUCCAGCUCCCCUGCUGCGGCCCCGGAAGGUUCUCCGUCCAGAGGGGGCAGUUCCGCCAGGACGGGGUCACCUCGGUGAGGGCCCGGCCUCAGGCCUCCGCCCGUGUCCACGUCAGGAAGUCACUGCUGCCCUUCGCCAGCGUCAGGCCCGAAGUUCCCGGAGCAGCGAGAGGUUUCAACCUCAUCACGGAGGAGAGACUCUGCCCUCUUCUUGGUUUCUAGGACAUUUAUUCACAAGC